AUGGCGCUCUGGGACAGCGGGCUCGGGAAGGUGCCUGUCCCCGAGGAACCCUCUCCGCGCGGGAAGGGGUCUCGGGAGCGGCGCGCUACGUUACCUCGGCCGCAGGUGCCGCGGAACCGCGCUGGAAACGCGGAAGCGGCCCCGCUCCUUCCUGCUCGCCGCGGGAAACGCGUUGUGGCGCAGCCGGAAAACGGGGUUUGUGCUAUUUUUUUUUCUUUCCUGUUGUCUCCGCAGAAAUGCGGCUUUUCAGAGCUGUAUUCAUGGCAAAGGCAGCGGAAAGCGAAGCAGGAGUUUUGCCUUCACGAUGGGCCGCCUUAUGCCAACGGAGACCCCCACGUGGGCCACGCGCUGAAUAAAAUUUUGAAAGACAUCACUAACCGUUUCCACAUGAUGAGAGGCUACAAGGUGCAUUACGUGCCAGGGUGGGACUGUCACGGUUUGCCGAUCGAGCUGAAAGCGUUAUCGGAAGUCAAGGAAACUGCAAAUCUUUCACCGAUGGAAAUCAGACGGAAAGCCAGAGAAUUUGCAGAAAGAGCAAUUGAGAAGCAGAAAUCUGCCUUCAUUCGUUGGGGCAUAAUGGCAGAUUGGGCUAACUGCUAUCGUACAUUUGAUGGAAAGUAUGAAGCAAACCAACUGAAAGUCUUCUACAAAAUGUAUGAUAAGGGUUUCAUUUAUCGGGACUAUAAACCCGUGUUUUGGUCUCCUUCAGCAAAUACAGCCUUGGCUGAAGCAGAACUUGAAUACAAUGAGCAGCAUGUCAGUCGCUCUGUGUAUAUGAAAUUUCCCCUGCUGAAGCCACCACCUAAACUGGCCUCUGUAUUAGGUGGAUCAUCCCCUGCUAGUGUGUUAGUGUGGACCACGCAGCCUUGGACUGUGCCAGCCAAUCAAGCAAUUUGCUACAUGCCAGAUGCAGCGUAUUCUAUUGUGAAAUGCACAACUACUGGUGAAUACUUCAUUUUGGCUACAGAUAGAGUUGAAUCUUCAGCUGCAGCUUUGGACACACAGUUUGAGGUUAUAUCAACAUGUAAAGGUGCCGACUUAGCGGAUGGUUCUUGUGCUCAUCCCACAAUUCCUGGCAAAGUCUCUCCUUUGUUACCUGCAAAUCACGUGACAAUGACAAAAGGAACAGGAUUAGUUCAUACAGCCCCAGCUCAUGGUAUGGAAGACUACAGUGUAGCUUCCCACCAUCAACUACCCAUGGAUUGCCUUGUGGAUGAGGGUGGAUUUUUUACAGAAGCUGCAGGUCCUGAACUGCAAAAAAAGAACGUGCUUGAGGAGGGAAAUGAAGCUAUCAUUCAGAUGCUUCAAGCAGCAGGGAGUUUAUUAAAAGAGGAGAAAUAUGUACAUAGUUACCCAUAUGACUGGAGGACUAAAAAGCCAAUGAUUAUUCGUGCCAGCAAACAGUGGUUUGUAAACACUGCAAGUAUAAAGGCUACAGCCCAGGAAGCACUAAAAAAAGUGAAAGUUAUUCCCACAUCUGCAGUAAACAGAAUGCUGGAAAUGCUGGACAGAAGGACGUUUUGGUGUAUAUCACGGCAAAGAAGCUGGGGUGUUCCAAUUCCUGUUUUCUACCAGAAGGACACAGGAGAGUGCCUGAUAAACAGCGAAACCGUCACAAAUAUCAUUAAAAUAGUGGAGCAGCAAGGGACAGAUGCAUGGUGGACUCUUCCUAUUGAACAGCUACUAUCAAAAGAGGCUGUAGCAAAGGCUGGUGGUCACGAUACUUCAGAUUAUGUAAAGGGACAGGAUGUUCUGGACAUCUGGUUUGAUAGUGGAACUUCCUGGGCCCAUGUUUUGGAAGAUGCAGAGCAAAGAGCAGAUGUUUACCUUGAAGGAAAAGACCAGCUAGGAGGAUGGUUUCAGUCUUCUCUGCUAACUAGUGUGGCAACAAGGAAAAAAGCACCAUAUAAGACUCUGGUUGUUCAUGGAUUCACCCUUGGUGAAAAAGGGGAAAAGAUGUCGAAAUCUAUUGGCAAUGUGGUUGACCCUGACGUGGUAAUCAAUGGAGGUGAAGAUCACAGCAGGGACCCCCCGUAUGGCGCCGACGUUCUGCGCUGGUGGGUGGCAGAAUCGAACGUCUUCACGGAGGUGCUCGUUGGACCCGUCGUACUUAACGCGGCGAGAGACGAUAUCAACAAGCUUCGGAAUACGCUACGCUUUAUCUUGGGAAAUAUAGAUGGCUUCAAUCCAGAAACUGAUGCCGUUCCUGCUUCAGAGAUGUACAUAAUAGAUCAAUACAUGCUACAUUUAUUGCAAGAUUAUGGCAGCAAGGUUACCGAAGCCUACAAACAAUAUGAUUAUAGCAAAGUUGUUCGAUUACUGCAAGCUUUCUGUUCCAGAAAUUUGUCUAACUUUUAUUUCAGCAUAAUCAAAGACAGGCUCUAUUGCGAAGAGGAGAAGGAUCCCAAGCGGCGCUCCUGUCAGACUGUGCUAGCGGAGGCCUUGGACAUUGUGGUCCGAUCAUUUGCACCGAUUCUUCCUCACUUGGCAGAAGAGGUUUUCCAGUACCUCCCGUACAAAAAGGACUCAGAAGGUGUGUUUCGUAGCGGCUGGAUUAAAGCAAGCUCAGGAUGGAAGAAACCUGGGACUGAGGAGGCAAUAGAAGGUGCCUGUGCAAUAAGAGACUCUUUCCUUGGGUCCAUCUCUGGCAAGAAUGCUUUGGAAUAUGAAGUUGUCAUCGUCAUUGAGCCUGGACUGCUAUUUGAAUUAAUGGAGGUACUGCAGGCUGAGGAAUCUUCUAGUGUGUCCCAGCUGAAUGAAAUAAUGAUGGCCUCCCAGACCACGCUGGUGAGUGAAUUUCCUAAAGAAACACCUGCAGAUGCAAAUAUCGUCAGGGGGACCUUUUUGAUCAACUUGGAAGGGGGUGAUAUUCGUGAAGAGUCAUCCUAUGAAGUGAUCGUCCUACCAGCUGCCCAAGCCAAGUGCCCGCGCUGCAGGCGCCACACGGCCGCGUCCCCCAGCGCUCCCUGCGCCCGCUGCAGCGCCGUCCUCGCGGGAAAAGGCAGCGGCUGA